AUGAUCGCCCAGACUGGAAUCGAACAUCGGAAAACGCCGCCGUACUCGCCCCAAUGCAACACCGUCGAGCGGGCUAACAGGACAUUGAAGACGAUGAUCGCGCAGUUCAUUGGCCAGGAUCACCGCCAAUGGGACCGGCACCUGCCACAGCUAACGUUCGCCGCCAAUACAGCUAUUCACGAGAGCACGGGAUACACGUCGGCAAUGUUGACGUAUGGACAGGAGCUUACCGCGCCCGGCACGCUACGGGCGAAACAUGAACAAAUCCUGCGUGACGCACCGACCGACCGACCAACCGCGCGAGUUCGAAAGAUUCAGCAAAUGCGCAAACAAUUUGAAAUCGCCACCCGCCGACAAGAAGAAGCCACGGCAAAGCAAGCACGAUAUUAUAAUCUGCGGAGGCGCAACUGGAGGCCGGACAUCGGACAGCACGUCUACCGCCGAGAACACCCGCUGUCGAACGCUCAGGAACAUUUUGCGGGCAAAUUAGCGCCUCGCUACUUGGGACCGUACACCGUCGACAAACACAUCUCCCCGGUCAUCGUCCGUCUGCGGGAUCAGCAUGACAAGAUCAUCGGUACCGCACAUGUUAAGGACCUGAAAGACGCCGAAACACCACAUGACCGGGAGGAUAUAUAA